AUGAGACCCAGCAAAGCACAGUCAACCCACUCGACAGUUCCAGUGGCGAGCUCACCGUUACGACACCCCAUUCCUCCUCCGCCCACCAACACCACCAAGAUCGAAAGGGACAAGCCAUUCAAGUCCAAAGCGAGCGUACCAAAGGACUCCCCAGCCGACUCGCGUUACAACGGCGCAUGGUGGAAUCCCUUCAGUCGCACAAACAAUACAGCCGCCAUCAAAUCCACCAUCAAACAAGCAGCGGCCGGAUCAAAACCAUCCGCCGCAGUAGCAAAAGCUCCCGCUGGUCAACCCAGCAUUGAUAAUGGGAUCAAGGAACGCAAGCUCUUCGUACCACGCCAUGCGGGCCGCGACGCAAGACUAAGCAUCCCCAUCUCCAACCGUGGCGACCUCAGCAAAAUCCACACCAAUAUCGCGGCCUCCAAACGCCUCCUCGCCGAUCGCUUGGAAGAGGAGAAGUCGGUUCGGCGCGAAACCCUGCUCCGUCAUAAUACCAAUGGAGUGGCGUGGGAUGGUGGGUUCAGCCCUACGCAUCUGUCGGGAUAUGCGGGGGGUGGGUGGGCGCCGGGGGAGUAUUUGAGGGCGGCGAGGGAGGGGAUAUUACCCGGUGUGGCGGAGGAAGGCCAGGUAGGCAGCUCUAAAGACGCUGUCGCUGCAGCCGCCAUGGCAGGACUGUCGCUCGAUUAUAGAGAUGCGAUGUCCGUGCGCUCUGCAUCGUCUUCAUCGCUAUCGCAGUACUCCACCGCGCCGACGACUCCGGAGCCGAAAUUCGCUGGCCGGGACUCCCCGAUUGCGUCCGCGAGUCGGGCGAGGAAGUCGAUACAUAGGCAGUCUCUCGGCUUCGUCACCGAGCAAGCGAUCAAGCAGGCUUAUCUGGAGGGUUUCAAGCACGGUACUGAUGUGGCGCCGCAUGCCGUGGCGGGUGGCAUUGACUCUUAUGCGCAGUUGACGGCUUCGAGACGGAAUCCAAUGGGUAUGCAGCAACAGCAGCAGCAGCAGCAGCAGCAAGAUUCGAUGAGGACGAAUGGUAGACCCCAUAGUAUGGCGUUCGAGCAGACAUUGCCUAUGGUUGGGUACGAGGGCAAAGGGAAAGGGCGAGCGACUGAAGAUGAUAUCGGUAUGGCCGACGCCGCUGCUGGUCUCCCGGCUGGGCGGCCGAAGUCGAUGAUUGCGCCUAUGCCGCUCAGGAUUGCAGAGCCAAGGCAGAUGAAGAGGAGUCCGAUGACGGAUUCGCUAGCGACUUCAGAUUGCACUCACCGUACCGCUGUUGGUGUAGCCGGAGAUGUGGGCACAAAACCUACAAGUGGACCUACCUACGCUUUGUCAUCGACCAGCAGCGAUCCACGCUCUAGUAUAUCCAAGAGCGCCACUGAGCCUUCUCCGCCGGAGUCUGAGAUUGGGGGCUCGGUUGCUACGACGGAGACCGCGCACCUGGUUACGCCUGAUACACCUCUCUCCGUGGCCGCAGAAGUCGAAAGUAAAACCAUUGGCCCAGGCUCCGCCAUGCUCGAAGACGUAGCGGUAGAGUUCCCAAGGCCCAACAAUAUUGCGACUGUCAAACCCGCCACUAUUGCUGAUAUUGUCCAUGGUGCAUCAUAUACCAAAAACCCGGAACCCCAAGUGGAAGGAAAGAACAGCUACAAUGCUAACCCAGACGAGCCGGGAGAUGCCGAGCUCGCGCAGGAGUACGAGUCCAGAUACGAGCUGGAAAGCGAGUACGAUUGGUCCGACGUCGAGGCGUGGUUACAGGCUAGUGCGAUUUCUGUGACGCCUAGCCGACCGCGACUGUGGUGA